UAUGCAGCAUAUAGAUAGAUAUUUUAAAAAUGGAUUUAAAUAAUUGAAUUUACAUUUCAUUAUUGUUGCACACUUGUCUCACCAUCUUCUGACAGAGAGAGAGAGAAACACCAUUCAAGCACAACUCGCCGUAACUAUGCUAACUAUUAUUUUACAGAAGAAACACUAAAGCACCUUUUCUUAAUGCAUCAAAUUGAUCUGUUUUAAUUGUAGUAUGAGCUUCAAUACAUCUGUUGCCCAUCAAUCCAAAGUUAACCAUGAGAAAACUCCACUGGACAUUGUCUGCUACACCAUCAUUGUUCUCUUAGGCACCACUGGGAACUCUCUGGUCGUCUGGGUGGCCGGCGUCCUUAUGAAACCCAGCAUAAACAAUGUAUGGCUGAUCAACCUUGCUGUGGCUGACCUGAUCUUCUGCAUGACACAAAUGACCUCUCUCAUCAAGAUUUUCAUUGGCUACUGGCCUUUUGGAGACUUUAUAUGCAAGUUAACUGGCUUUUUGAUGUAUGCCAACAUGUUCUGCAGUGUUUUUCUUCUGGCUGUCAUCAGUGUGGAUCGAGUGAUCUGCGUGUGGUGUCCAAUAUUUGCCAGGAGGAAACGGACUUUAUUUGCUGCUCGUCUGAUCAGUUUGGGGGUUUGGAUUGUGGCAGUCAUCUUCAGUUCACCAAACUUUGCAUUUUGGAAGGUCUACCCUGGCAAGAACAACAGCAACUGCUCACUAAAGGAAGAAGUAAAGGCCAGUGAGACUGAUUCAGCAAAGUAUUUUAACUACAUUCGCUUCUUUUGUGGAUUUUUGUUUCCUUUCCUGGUGAUCUUUAUCUGCUACACACUGGCUGCUAUUGGGAUUCGCAGAACGAGAUUUUCUGGCAAAUCAAAGCCUCUCCGGAUUCUUGCUUUAUUGGUUGUUGCAUUUUUCUUAUGCUGGGCACCUUAUCACAUCCUACGUCUCAAAAAGCUAAUGAAUAGAAAUGACACAUAUGUGGGAUGGCAUAUGGCUACAAACUUAGCUUAUUUCAACAGCUGUGUGAACCCAAUGCUUUACUUUUGCAUGGGACUGAAUCUCAGGCGACGCAGCGGUCAAAGCCUUUUAGGGAUUUUUUACAGAGCUCUUAAUGAAGAAGGUCGAAUUCUGUCACACAACACCACAAUAGAGGAAUGUUCAAGUAGGCCUUUAUCACUAGAAUUGGAACCUGUGUCACCACCAUGUUAAGUUAAUUACAGAUACAAAUUUUAAACUAUUAAAAUGCUCUUGUCUCAUUGAAUGGUUCUUCUUUAUAUCUGUAGUGUCCUUUCCUAAGACUUAAAACUUUUUAUUACAUUUAUCACAUAGUAUUUA